UUGACUGCUUGAGGCAUAUAUCGUCGCCAUUCAUAUUUCCCUGUGGUUCUUUGCUUGGUGCUUCCGCGACUAAGCUCGCUCCCCUUUUGGGAAAUAAUAAUAAUAAUAAUAAUAAUUAGGGUUUCGUGGUUCUCAGCUCGCGCACCCAGUCAUGGGAGGAGGCAAUGGGCAAAAGGCAAAGAUGGCUCGUGAGAAGAACCUCGAGAAGGCGGAAAAAGGAAGCCAGCUGGAUUCAAACAAGAAAGCUAUGUCGAUCCAGGUUAUUGUUCUUGUUCGCUUGGGUGAUCUUUACCAUAUUGCUAUACCUCUUAACUUGCAAGGUAUGCAUGCAGACAUUUAUGUGCACCACAUCAGAAGUGAAGUGCAGGGAGCACGCCGAAGCCAAACACCCUAAAUCCGAUGUUUAUGUUUGUUUUCCUCACCUUAAAAACUAAAAAGUGAACAUAUUGGGGAGCACAAGUGGAGAGAACUUAAUAUCAUCAUGGCCUCUUUCCAUUAAUCCAUUCACAGAGAUCCUCCUCAUAUUUAUGUUGGCUGUGUCUGUGUGUUGUGUGGAGAGACAAGAAGGGGAGGGAGAACAUUUAAUAUGAUUUUCCCAAAUUUUGGGAAGAAACUUGUGAUGCUCUCUCUUUUCUGUCACUGUAAUGUUUAACGAUAAUUAUUGUUAAUAUUAAGUGUCUCUUGCAGAAACAUAAA